UAACACUUAAUUUUCAUAGUUAUUAUCAUUAAUAUCUUUUGAAGAAGAAAGUGUGAGCAAACAUGGAAGGCAAUAUUGAGACACCGAAACCAAGUGUUGUGAAGAUUAGUUCGACUGAAACUUGGAAUUCCCAUCUUCAAGAAGCUAAAUCUCAUGGAACCCCUAUUGUGGCACAUUUUACAGCAUCAUGGUGCAUCCCCUCUGUGGCCAUGAACCCUAUUUUUGAAGAGUUGGCCUUACUUUUCCCUGACAUAAGCUUUCUUACAGUUGAUGUUGAUGAUUCGAAGGAAAUAGCAAAGAAGUAUGAGGUGAAGGCAAUGCCAACCUUCUUGUUAAUGAAAGAAGGUGUUGUAGUUGGGAGGCUAGUUGGAGCAAAUCCUGAUGAGAUCAAGAAAAGGAUUGAGACCCUUCUUCAAUCCAACACUGACUUUGUGGUCUAAGUCAGUCUAGUGCUACUCCGACAAACACCAUAAGCUUGUUUUCUUGUACAUUCUCAUUUCACAAUCAGUUUGUAUGAGCUGUGGACCCCUUUUGAGUACUUUGUGAUUCUUGUUUAUACAGAACAACCUUUAUAUAAGAUUUGUUUGUGUUCA